AUUGGUUUCGUUGCUUUGACUGUCCUGGAAACUAACCUUGUAUUUCGGAUGAUUUCCGAGCUGACUAUCCUUUGCAUUCCUUUACAUCGACUUCUUGUAUCGCUGGUAGGAGAACGAGUCAGGCCCAUCCACUGCGUUUAAUUAUGACGUACCUACUCCACAGGGUUGCCAGCCAUGGUAGGAAAACGGACAUCAUCUAAGUCUCCAGUAACACACGCUGUUGAUGAUCCCUAGAAGCUUCUCUUCUAGUAGAUGACGUAGAAACAGUGGAGACGUGAGAUGUUUAUAUAUUCAAGACGGCGCCUGGAUGCCGCGGAUUUUCAACAAGCAAUCUUCUUUUUUUUUUUGGUGCUGUACACCAUACUACUUCCAUCGUCAUCGAGUAAUAAGAUAUCAUCAAUACCCCUCCCAAUAUGUCGAGCAGUUCAGCAUACUCCAAUGUAGGCGACAGGCGCGUCUACGAGGCGGGCGACCAGCGAAACGUGAGCAAGGCAGACGUCGAGAAGCACGACCAACACCACAUAGGCAAUCUCAAAGCACAUCAACCCACCGACUCCCAGGACCAGAGAACCAUUGCCAACCGUCUCGCGGCUGCAGAGCAAGCGCCCGAGCCAGGUGAUGACGCCGAGACGGCGGCGUCAAAGAAGGAUCCGACUCUACCGGCCAAGAUGCAUGGAAAUGAGCCUUCCCGAGGCGCAAAAAUUGACGCCGAGCUUCAGGCUGAGGAUGAGGCGGCGUUGAGGAAGAAGGCUGAUAGUGUGCCAGGGAAGAAGUAUUGAGUUUCACACAUGCCUGGGCGAAAAUGUCUGGCAUGGGGAGUUUGGUUCUUCAAUACUUCUUUUUAUGCUCCUCCCAUAUGUGUAUGAACAAUCGAGGUGGUCUCGGGCACUUCGGUGUAACAUAUAAAUAAAUUGAAAUCAUACGGCAUUGGGCGA